GUCGACCUAUCGUCCGCACCACAUGGCAGCGAGGACUCGCCACCACCGGACCGCUCCUCCAAUCCCCCCUCCUCCUCCAAAAUUUCAAUGGCAGUACGCUUCAAAUCUUCUCUCUCCACAGCCCUCCUCUCUUCUUCUUCUCUCAAUUACUUUCUCUCUGCUUCACGCAAACCUUCGUUUCGAUUUUUCCAUCUCCGCUUUUCCUCACUUUCUCGUACUUUACCGCUCUUUCCUCGCCGCCACGUUCACACACUCAAGGUCCUCGCCAUGGCUGAACGGAGCAUGAAGACAGCAUCGCAUUCUCACAAGUACACCAAUCGUCUCGCUGCCGAGCACAGUCCCUAUCUUCUUCAGCACGCCCAUAACCCUGUUGAUUGGUAUCCAUGGGGUGAAGAAGCUUUUUCUGAAUCACGAAAAAGAGACGUGCCAAUAUUCUUAUCAAUUGGAUACAGCACCUGCCACUGGUGUCAUGUGAUGGAGGUGGAGUCUUUUGAGAAUGAAGGGGUUGCAAAAUUGCUCAAUGAUUGGUUUGUUAGUAUUAAGGUGGAUCGAGAGGAGCGGCCUGAUGUUGAUAAGGUAUACAUGACAUAUGUGCAGGCUUUAUAUGGUGGAGGGGGUUGGCCAUUGAGUGUCUUCCUUUCACCUGAUUUGAAACCUUUGAUGGGUGGAACUUACUUUCCCCCGGAUGAUAAGUAUGGAAGACCUGGGUUUAAGACUGUUCUUAGAAAGGUGAAGGAUGCUUGGGAAAAUAAGAGGGAUGUUCUUGUUAAGAGUGGAGCCUUUGCCAUUGAACAGCUGUCAGAAGCAUUGUCUGCAACUGCAAGUUCAAAUAAAUUGGCGGAUGGGAUACCACAGCAAGCAUUGCAUCUAUGUGCAGAGCAGCUGGCUGGGAACUAUGAUCCUGAGUAUGGUGGGUUUGGAUCUGCACCAAAGUUUCCUAGGCCAGUUGAGAUUCAACUAAUGCUUUAUCAUUAUAAAAAGUUGGAAGAAUCUGGGAAAUCAGGUGAAGCAAAUGAAGUUUUGAAGAUGGUGGCUUUUAGCUUGCAAUGCAUGGCAAGGGGGGGUGUUCAUGAUCACAUUGGAGGUGGUUUUCACAGAUAUAGCGUGGAUGAGUGUUGGCAUGUUCCACAUUUUGAGAAAAUGUUAUAUGACCAGGGGCAGCUCGCUAAUGCUUAUCUAGAUGUUUUUUCCAUCACAAAAGAUGUCUUCUAUUCAUGUGUGUCUCGGGAUAUCCUUGAUUAUUUGAGGAGAGACAUGAUAGGACCAGAAGGUGAAAUAUUUUCAGCUGAGGAUGCUGACAGUGCUGAAUCUGAAGAUGCUGCAAGAAAAAAGGAAGGAGCCUUCUACAUAUGGACCAGUAAAGAGGUUGAAGAUGUCAUUGGGGAGCAUGCAUCUCUUUUUAAGGAUCAUUAUUAUAUAAAACCUUCAGGAAACUGUGACCUUUCUCGAAUGAGUGAUCCUCACAAUGAAUUUAAAGGAAAAAAUGUGCUCAUAGAGAGAAAUUGUGCGUCUGCUAUGGCAUCAAAACUUGGUAUGCCUGUUGAAAAAUAUCUUGAUAUUUUGGGUACAUGUAGGCGAAAGCUUUUUGAUGUCAGAUUGAAUCGUCCAAGACCGCAUUUGGAUGAUAAGGUAAUUGUAUCAUGGAAUGGACUUGCUAUUUCAUCUUUUGCAAGAGCUUCUAAAAUUCUCAAAAGUGAAGCUGAGGGGACUAAAUUCCGCUUUCCUGUUGUGGGUUGUGAUCCCAAGGAGUACAUGGAAGUUGCAGAGAAGGCAGCAUCUUUUAUCAGGAAGUGGCUUUAUGAUGAGCAGACACGCAGGUUGCGACAUAGCUUUAGGAAUGGCCCAUCUAAAGCCCCUGGCUUUUUAGAUGAUUAUGCUUUCCUAAUCUCUGGAUUGCUAGAUAUUUAUGAGUUUGGUGGCAACACCAAUUGGCUGGUUUGGGCAAUCGAACUUCAAGACACCCAGGAUGAACUGUUUCUUGAUAAAGAGGGAGGUGGCUAUUUUAAUACUCCAGGGGAAGAUCCCUCAGUUCUCCUCCGCGUGAAAGAAGAUCAUGAUGGGGCAGAGCCCUCAGGGAACUCGGUGUCUGUGAUCAAUCUUGUAAGAUUGACCUCCAUGGUUGCUGGCAGUUGGUUUGAGCGGCACAGGAGGAAUGCAGAGCAUCUUCUGGCCGUUUUUGAGACGAGAUUGAAAGAUAUGGCUAUGGCAGUACCUCUGAUGUGUUGUGGAGCAGACAUGUUCUCUGUUCCUUCCAGAAAGCAAGUUGUCCUAGUUGGUCAUAAAUCUUCUGUAGAGUUUGAAGAUAUGCUUGCUGCUGCUCAUGCACAAUAUGAUCCUAACAGAACUGUGAUUCACAUAGACCCCACCGAAACCGAGCAGAUGGAAUUUUGGGAAGCAAUGAAUAGCAACAUAGCCCUUAUGGCAAAGAAUAAUUUUGCACCAGACAAGGUGGUGGCGCUUGUUUGUCAAAAUUUCACAUGCAGCUCUCCUGUCACAGACUCCACCUCACUCAAAGCUCUGCUCUGCCUGAAGCCCUCUUCUGCUUGAAUCAUGACACAGAAAUUGUACUCAUGUACAUGGAGUUAAUAUCUGCUCUUCAUAUACAGGUUGGUGACUUGAUGUGUAAUAGUAUUUGGUGCUUUUGUAUUUAAUAGAGAGUAGUGAUCCUUCGGUACUGGACUUUCAGAAGCUCAUGGGCUGUCUAUGAAGUUGUGCAUUAGUUGUUGGAAUGAAUGUCAGUUUUGAGUUAGUGGUUCA